AUGGAUCGAUCGCCCGGCAUGAAGCGCCAGCGCGUCGGGGUUGCGUGCGACAAGUGUCGUCUGCUCAAAGCAAAGUGCGACGGCCGCCAACCAGUAUGCUCCAGAUGCGAUGGAUAUGGAUUCAGCUGUUCGUGGUCGGCGCGCAGACAGAGAGGGUCACCGGGGAAUCAAAUAGAUACAGGCCGGCGAUUCCUUGAUGAGUCCCCCGCUGCGCAGGCUAGCUCCACUACGGGGGGUUUCCACACAGACUAUGCAAACGCAGUCCAAUCUUACGAAGCAUUAAUUCGCGAGCUCCGGCCGAACUUGGAUCCUGAUAAGCAGGCGAAACUCGAUGCUGAUCUGCAGAAUAUCAAGAGUCGACUGCCGGAUACUGCCAAACUUGAGCAACCCAGUCCCAGCGCAAUAGCCGCUCCCCAGGAAGACUAUGCCACUGAAUCUUCACCUACGUAUGUUGGCAAGGCAAGCGAUAUCCAUUUCGUCCAUCAUAUUCGCCAAUAUGUGGCUGGGGACGGUGCUUUGGACGUAGAUGACCUCCCCACUCAGAGCUAUACUCAUUACCAUAGCUUAGGAGCGUUCGUGGCGUUGACCCAGCCGCCGUUGGUUCCUUCGCAAGCCGAGGCCGAACGGUUUCUGGAUGUCUACCUCUCAACAAUCCAUAUUGCUUAUCCGUUCAUCAGUAAAUCCGUUCUGCUUAAAGAAUUCCGACGGUUUCAGGCGGGCGAUCACCAUAGGCCGGAGUUCCAGCCGUGGCUUGCACUAUUCAACUUCAUAUUCGCCAUUGGGUCCUACUACACCUCGUUUCCGCACGGGAAGCACAGCGGCUCAUAUCAUCAUUUCCGAUAUUUCGAGCAAGGGCUCUUCUUCUCACGUGAGCUGGGCGCCGAUUGCUCUCUUGUAAAUAUCUGGGGCUUGCUUGUACAGUGUUUCUUCUUAUUGGCCGUUUGCCAUACGGACAGAUGCUGGAAUACCCUUGGGUUUGCCAUCCGCAUGGGCCAGAGCAUCGGCCUGCACGUGGAGAACUCACCCAACUGCCCGUCUUCCAAGGAAUCGUGGUUGAAGGAUCGCGCACACUGGCGGCGUACCUGGUACUCCAUGUACGUGCUAGACCGGCUACUGGCUCUUCAGCUCGGACGGCCGAUGGCAAUACACGAAGCCGACUUUCAAGUCGAGUUGCCUUCUACGACGGAUGACUCGCCGUUUAGCCCUAGCACCAGUGAUAUCACGAGCCAGGAGAGCCAUAGUGUCUGCGGGCAUAUGAUGGACUACUUCAUCGCAGUUAUCCGCUUUUCUCAUAUCCUAGGACUGGUCGUUCGAGAAAUAUACCGACCAUCCCAGAUCGACAUCUCACCAGACCAGAUGCUCCAUAUUGCUGCGACACUAGACCAUCGCCUGACAGAAUGGAAACUGAAUCUCUCACGACAUCUCCGCUUCGACCUAGGGCAUACCUUUGAGAAAUCCGUCUCCUUCAAACGCCAGCGAAACAUGCUCGCCGUCAAAUACCACCAUCUCCGCGCCCUCAUCCACCGCCCCUUCCUUUGCCUCCCAUUCCUCCAAAUGAACAACAUUCCCUUCAUAGACCUCCUCCUGAAACACAAAGAACGCAUCUCCGAAGCAGAAUACAUCUGCAUCCACGAGGCCCAGCAAACAGCCCACCUCUUGCACAACGUUACUGAUGAACGCAGCCUUGUCCACGACUUCCCCUGGUGGCAGAUGAUCUCGUGUCUUAUCUGCGCGAGCUCCAUCCUCUUCGUCGCCGAGACUUUCUACAGUGAUAACGCGCACUUACACGGACGUACAUCACCACAGGCACUCCGCGAAGAUGCAGAGAGCUGUCUAAAGGUAUUCGAGGCCCUGAGCGUGAAUUCCAUUGCGGCCCAGAAGGCCGCCGAUAUGCUGAGUGCAUUGUCGCGUGUAAAACGCGCAGGCGCUGAGCAAUUACCCUUCCAGCAGACCCUCUCUUCCCGACCCAUCACACCAUUACACCCUCUCGUUGGCGGCCCUGGUUCUUCUUCUGCAUUUGCGCCGCAGCAACCAGGGGCCUCUACAACUGGUAUAAGUACGCCGAGUAACCCAACGUCUGACGCCUUACCCUCGUCUCUCCUACCUAGCGAUAUUCCGUUCCCGUACGACUGGCCGAGUGAGAUCUCCAGCGCGAUGGAGUGGUCUGUGCAGUUCCUGGAUCAUCCGAAUUUUGGACAGGCUGGGUCCACUUAUGGAGGUGGUGGGGAUUCUGGGUAUCGCUGA